AUGAAAUCACUGUUCAACCGAAACCCAUCGUCAUCCUCAACGGCAUCACGCUCAACCUCACUCUCCGUGCAUACACGCGCGCGUCUGGCCGGGGAACUGGAAGAAGUAUUCAAGAAAUUCGACGUCAAUGGCGACGGGAAGAUCUCGGCCUCGGAGCUGGGAUCCAUAAUGGGAAGCUUAGGGCAGCCGGCAAGCGAUGAAGAACUGAACAACAUGAUCCGCGAGGUUGACGGAGACGGCGACGGUUGCAUAAGUUUACCGGAAUUCAUUGAGUUGAAUACGAAAGGUGUUGAUUCAGACGAGAUCUUGGAGAAUCUGAAGGACGCGUUUGCGGUUUUUGACAUGGAUGGGAACGGGUCGAUUACGGCGGAGGAGCUGAACACGGUUAUGAGGAGUUUAGGGGAGGAGUGCUCGUUGGCGGAGUGUAGGAGGAUGAUCGGGGGUGUGGAUAGUGAUGGUGAUGGGACCAUUGAUUUUGAGGAGUUUAGGAUGAUGAUGAUGAUGGGUUCUCGUCAUGAUACCACGGAUCGGGUCAAGCCUGAACCUAUGCCUACGGAAUGA